AUGGACGGCGGCGGGGACGGCGCUGUUUUAAACUUCCAAGUAAAGGUUAACCACGAAGCAAAACUGAAAGAAUUGCUGCAUAGAAUAACCUCGAUUGAGAUAAAGCUAUGCUCCGACGCCGCAAAAGAGUUCGUGAAGUUGUUAAAGGGCGAAGACGGAGGCGAAGUGCUCCGCGAGUACAUUCGCGGUUCCCCGAAGUGUUCCGAGUUACAAGAAGCAUGGAAGCUGAGGCAAGGGAAGCAAGGAAUGUAUUACAUAUUCGAUUUGAUUUCCACCAUUCUGAGUCACCACGAGGGGAAGAGUGUUAAGGAUUUGGAUAAGUUCGCGAGGUUGAUUAUUGCAGAACACUUAAGCGACGUGUACAAGGAAUUGAAUAGCAAGGAAUCGAAACGGCAGAAGAGUGCGCUUUUGCUCGUCGCUUCGAUUGUGAGGCGCAGUGCGAGUUUGGCCUCUGAGGUUGCGAAGAGCUUCGAUUUCAAGCUCGGCGAAUUCGUCAGGCUCGCGGGAGAUAAGAGGAGGAGGAACUCGAAUUCGAAUUCAAACAGCGAGAGAAAAAGGAGUGAGGUUUUGCUGAGGAAGUCGUUUGUUGGAUUCGCAAUGUCGUUUUUGGAGGUUGGCAGGCCUGGUUUGUUGCGUUGGGUUCUGCAGCAGAAGGAGAUGUAUUCUGGUGUUCUUCGCGGGUUGUGGAGAGAUGAUGAUGAGACUUUAGUGUUUGUGUUGUCCACGUUGAGGGAUAGGGUUCUGGUUGAAGAGUCGUUGGUGCCGCCAGGGCUGAGGAGUGUUCUGUUUGGGAGUGUGACGUUGGAACAGUUGGUUGAUGUUUGUGGAAGGGAAGGUGGUGGUGAUGCUGCUGAGUUGGCGUGUGAUGUUCUUGUUAGGGUUUGUACUGAUCCAAGCAAUGGAUUGAUGCCUGAUUUGAAAAGGCGUCCAACUCCGUUAAGGGGUAAUCCGAAGAGAAUCAUGGGGCUCAUGAAGAAGCUACGGGCAACUGAGGUUCAAUAUCAUAGAGAUUUGCUUUUGGCUAUUGUUAAUGCCAGACCUUCUUUUGGUUUGUCGUAUUUGAAAGAGUUUCCCUACAACAUUGAGAAUUAUAAAUCAUCUUCAUGGAUUUCUGCGAUAUCUUUGGCAGCUCAUUUGGUUUUAUCAGUGGGCAAUGGUGUUUCCAAGGAAUUCAUCAACUCUCGAUCAAAUGAUACACAUUCAUUUGACAAUAUGGAUUUGCACGAUAUCAUGAAGUGCUUGUUUCCCCGUCCAUUCAGCAGGUCAAUGUUUAAUAAGGGAUUGCAUCACGCUGAACCUUAUGUGAAACAUGGUACUCUAAGGCUUCUUCUGGAGUUACUCAAAUUGCUGGACUAUCUUUUUGGUUGUUUGAACCUUAAUUCUAGUUCCAGCAAUCCAUUCAUGCAACAUAUGAUGUCUAUCAAGCAAGAAAUUCAGAAUUAUGUUCAAGCUUUUCUUCCUGAUCUGCAGGUUUUAUUAAAUUUACUUUCCUCUUCAGAUGCUUGUUCAGAAGUCCGUACCUCAAGUUUGAAGAGAAAUUCAUGUCAUCAAGAACAUAGCACCAAUAGUAGAAAGAAGUUAAAAAUGGAUACUUCUGAGAGUGACAUAGAUAUAGUUGUUGGUGGGAUAAGUUCUGCUCCAGAUAUUGAUUUGACUGACAACAGUGGAACAGUUGACAGUGCGCUUAGAGUAGAUGCAUUGGAUGAUGUGGAGGACUUCAUGAAUAGCAUUGGGGAAAUUUGGGGUGUGGACCUUUGUUCCAUGGCUAUUUGCACCCUGAAGGAUGCAGAAUCAUACUUACUGUCCAAACUGCUUGAUGCUCUCAGAUAUUAUCGUCGCACUAUGCCUUUCACUUUGGAUAAUUCGUUUGAAUCUUUCAAGUUUCUUCUCAGAAAACCAUUAGAGUUAACAAGUCAUCUGCAGGUCUCAUUGUUGGCUUUGCUUGUGGAAUACAUUGAAUGGGGUCCAAACAAUGAAAUUCCUAUAAGAACUCCACCCAUGUUGUACAAAUACCUACAGUCAUUCAUUAAAUUGUUAAUGUUUUCGCAAAUCAAUGAGACAAGAGAUUAUGCAUACAGGUUGGCCAUGGCAGCUAUGUUCAGUACUGGUGCCUUUGACAGGAACCUUCAUGAGAUAGAAGCAUGGCUUUUAUUUUUACCUGGUUAUAACAGAAAAAAAUACCCCGUCAAUAUCUUGGAGGUGGAUGUAUUACAGAGUUUGACUUCAUUUGUCAUAUCAUUCUUGUGCGAUGCUAUUUCUACACUUGGGAAUAAUUUAGUUAAAUAUUGGAAUAUGCUUAAGAAUUAUGUCCAUUGUUCGGAAGAUUUAUCACCUGAUUUUAGUCCUUUUAUCAUAUGUGUGCUGGAGAAGUGUCUAAAGGUGAUCCGACCUAAAUCAGGAACCUGCUCGUUGCCUAAAAAAUCAAUGGUAUUAUUGUAUACUUGCAAUACAGUCAAGUAUCUCUUGCAAACACAGGUCGGUGCUGAAUUGUUAUCUGCUUUAGUUAAUGCAGACUUGACCGAGAGACUUGGUGGCAGCUAUGAAUACGAUGAAGUCUUUCAUGGGUGGAAGCCACUGAAGAAUUUGUUGGACUUUGUGCAGAGCAUAUCACACAAACAAAAUUGUUGCCUCUUCUCUAUAAAUGAAGAAUCUGGCCCUUCUGAUGGUUCUUUGGGGAGUGCACUUGGUGAUGUAAAUAAAGUAAGUAGUGGGGCUCGUCAUGAGAUGGCUGAAACAACCAUAGCUUUCAUAUCCUCCCUUAUAAUGGAAGGUACUGAUAAAAUAUUGAUGGAUCAGCCAUCACGUGUCAUCAUUUCAUGUGACUUACUUGGAGUUCCUUUCUCGCUCUUAUCAUCAGUAUUUUUUCUUGAUCAUAGCAUUCUUCUCCAUGCAUCUAGGCUGUGGCCUAUAAUGUUUUAUGCUGGUUUGGAUAUGGCCGUAUCAGAUCUUGGUAGUGAUAGUCAAAAUGCUGUUCCUGUUGGAACUUCUGAUCUUACAUUGUAUCCAGACUCCCUAACUUGUAACCAACUUUUAGAUGCUUCUGAAGGUGAUGCUGCUGCAUUUAGUAUCUUUCUAAAACAGGCACCUUUUCAUGUGAUAUUUGCUGUAAUGAUGUGUAUGAAUGGCCCUUGUGUUUCAAAGCUAUCUAAAAUACAAGAGCUUUUGCUGCAUAAAUUAUCUGAGUCCGUAAGUGAUUGCGCCCUCCUUCUCAACCUGCGAUGUGUGUUGUUCUGGACUCAUCAGAUUCAGUUAUGUUAUGAAAUUAAACCAUUAGCUGAAAUUGAACAACUUUUGAAUUUCUGUGUCAUUCUUGUAAGGAACUUAUUAGCUAAAUUAUUGGUUCCAGAAAGUGCUUCUGACUGGUCUGUAAACUCUGCUUUUGGUUCUUCAAGCCACAAAAUUCAAGAAGUGAUUAAAACCAUUUUUUGUCAUCCUUCUGUUUUGAUGUCAUUAUCCUUUUCUUUGGGAAAUGGUCAGAACUUUGCAAAUGACAAUAUAGGGAACGACUUCAGCAUGCUAAAUUUACUAUCCAGAGAAGGGUUCCACAAAUUUGGUAAUCCAGUUUUAAAUAUAUUGACAAUGACUCUAGACUACAUGUGGUCUUUAUGUGGUACUCACCUUUGUGCAUCAAAAGCUCGAUAUGUUGCUAAUAAUUUUGUGAAGGCUUUUAAAGGCCUUCAACAGAAGCUGUUUCAGGAUAUCAGAGAUAGAUUUGAACUGUGCUUGUGUGCUAAAGAUAUGAUGCCUCUCCUACCAACAUUGUAUGCUUUCCGCGCUUUGUUUCGUUUCGUAUCCCCUUUUCAGCUCCUUGAAUUAGUAGAUUGGAUGUUUGGUAGAGUUGAGUUGGAUGAUUUGCCAACUAAGAAAUCCUCUUUAUCUGUUGGAUGUUCCUUAGCUGCUGAUGCUUUCAGCGCUUUGUCCAUUUAUUUUCAGCAGCCAACUGGAAACAGGGUACCGUAUGAUUUAUUUUGGGAGAUUGGUGAAAAGAAUAUGAAAGCUGAUAUUUUUGAGCAGAUCUACUGUGAAGUAGUUGCCUUUUCAAUAAGUUUUGAAAUAGAUUGUGCUGAUAGGUGCUUGCUUGAAGCUGUCAAUGCUGUGUAUAAGCAGAAACAUAUGCAACAAGAAGCUUUUCAUCCUUUGCUGUUGGUCAUGAGGAAAAUUAUAAUGAUUACCCCAGUGAAAGUGCUUUCUCAUUGUAUAUUCAAGAUCAAUGCGACAAAGGCUAAAUUCUUGCAUAUUCUCACUGAACUGAGCUCUCUGCAUUCAUCAAUCUUUGGACAUUUAUUUUUGGGUAUAGUGAAUGGAAGUUUACAUCAUGAUUUUGGUAUGAUGGGACAUGCCUUUGAUCUUACUCUUUCAGAAGAUCAGUUUAUGCUGCUUUUACCAGCCGCUUUGUCAUACUUGAGCUUAAUUUCUGAGAGACUUGGGGAGCAGAAUCACAAAUAUUUUAAACGUUUACCUUACUUUUAUUCAAAGAUUCUUUUAAAAGGUUUUAGUCAGUGGAAGAGCUUUUUGUCAAAAGACAUAUUUGAGGAAGAUUAUGGAGAAUUCUUUCCGUCAUCUAUGCAACAACUUCUCUGUCUUAUUGAUUGUAGUCUUCUUGGAAAAUCAAUUCAUAUGUUGCAGUAUCACUUUACUCUUAAUGGAGAUUCAAUGAAAGUGAAGAAGCAACUAAAUCUGUUUAAAUCCAUUUGCACGAAAUAUGUUUCUCUUGAUGAGCUGAUGGACUGUGAUAGUCAAGCUAUUGAUAGGUAUUCUCUGCACCAGUCUUUGAACAUCAUCAAUCGUGUUGUUGCAAAGAUAUCACUUUGUAAAAUAUUGUUGUUCCAUAAAGAAACAGGUGGGGAUUUGAAAGAGGUUGCUGUAGAAAUGCAAAACAAACUGGUGGCAUCCAGGAUUCAUUUCAUAAACAUUUUGGUGGAAAUUUGGCAGUUUAUUGUUAAGAAAUUUUCUGUUGCCUCUGAUGAAUCUGGAACUGGAAAAGGCACAAACAUUUCAUUGCUAUAUAAUCACUUGGAAGUCUUUGUGUUAAAAAGUAUUCUUGAAUUGGCUGUUGAGAUGCAAAGUGAUCUUAUUCAUUUGCAAUCUGUUCCUUUCCUUGAGCAAUUAUUCAGAUCUGCUCUUCUAUAUAGGUUUGGUGAUCCUACAACAAUAGAAACCCUCCAAGUUAUAUUAACUCAGCUUAAUGAGGGUAAGCAAACAUAUGAUUUACAUCUUCGGUUGUUACUUGCUCACUCUCAGUUUGCCCCCACUCUCCAUUCAGUGCGCAAACCAGCGGGUUCCUUUUUGAAGCCUGUAUCCAGCAUUCUGAAAUGUCUUGUCAUUCCUUCUCUCGACCAUUAUGAAAAUGAUGAGAAGCAUAAAGAGCAAACAACUGAGCUCUCUAGGGGACCAUUGGAAAUUUUUAAAUUGCUUUGGAUACUCUUGUGGACAAAGGCUUGUCAAACUGGUUUAGAUUCUGGAAACGAUGUUGGCAUAAAUUUAAAAGAACUGCAUGCACUACUAUGUCAUUCUUAUGGGGCAACAGUCAGUCCGAUUGAUUUCAUGAUAUACAAUCUGAUGCAAGAAAUUGAGUCCAAAAGUGGAUCAUGGUCUCGGAAUGUUGAGUUUGAUUCAGAAGUAAUUGAAGAAUGGUCCCGAAGCCAACAUAAAGAUAACUUUCCAAUUGACCCUGACAUAUGUGUGUCAACCGUUCUUUAUUUUCCCUAUGACAGAAGUAUCUCUGAUAGGCUACCAUCUGUAAAUAAGAUUGAACCAGAUAUUGUCAGGAAAAAGAUGCUUUCUUCCCAAGUUGAAGUUAGAGAAUGUUAUGAUCCUGUAUUUAUCUUGCGUUUCUCAAUUCAUAGCCUAUCAAAGGCGUAUAUAGAGCCUGUGGAGUUUGCUGGGUCAGGGUUGCUUGCAAUUGCAUUUGUUGGAAUGUCUUCGCCUGAUCAGGGGAUAAGAAGAUUAGCUUAUGGUACUCUUGAUAAAUUUAAGAAUGCAGUAGAGAAAUGCCCAAAGAAGAAGGAUGUUGUGGGACUUCGGCUUCUAUUAAAUUCUGUUCAAAAUAGUGUAGAAGAGCCAUGGCAAAGAAUUCCAUCAGUUAUUGCUCUUUUUGCUGCAGAGGCAUCUUGUGUAUUGUUAGACUCGUCACAUGAUCAUUAUGCAGCUAUAAGUACAUUGUUGAUACACUCUUCUAAGUUGAAUAUGAGGGCUAUACCCCUGUUUGAUAACUUUUUUUGGAGUACAUCUGUCAAUUUUAAAGCAGAAAGGCUUUGGAUGCUUCGGCUAGUAUAUUCUGGGCUUAACACGGAUGAUGAUGCCAUGAUAUAUAUCAGGAACUCUAUCCUUGAGAGUCUAAUGAGCUUUUAUGUCUGUCCUCUUUCAGAUGUUGAGUCAAAGGACCUCAUUAUUGAGGUUAUAAAGAAGUCUGUCAAAUUGCAUAAGAUUGCUCGUCAUUUAGUGAAACAUUGUUCUCUAUUUUCAUGGUUUUCGUCUCUUGUCUCAGUUACUAAAGAGAGGCUUAAUGGAGAUGAAAAUAGAUUUUUCUUGAAGCAUGUGUUGGUAAUCUUGAAGAUUGUUAAUGAUGUUAUUUCAUCCGGAAGCAUCUCCAAGUGGUUGCAAAAUUAUGGCCUUGAGCAGCUCAUGAUGCUUUCAUCUAACCUAUUUAAUUUCUUACUCCAUGAUGUAACAUUGGCAAAUGAAACUGCGGGACUAGUUAAUCCUUUUCUACAAAUGAUAGCAUCGAUGUUGAAAUUAUCUCAAAAAAGGAAAAUAUAUCAGCCACAUUUUACCCUAUCAUUUGAGGGGUUAUAUCAGAUAUACCAGGCUGGCAGCACAUGUAAUCAAGCAACGAAUAGCAUUACUUCGGAGUUUGCUCUUGAAGCCAUUCUUAUGAAUGCUCCUCCUGUCUCCAUUUUUUUAAUGAAUCAGGAAAGGCUUCAAAGUUUUCUUAUCUGGGCAAUUACAACUGCCUUACAGUCAGAGUCUUCGCAAAGGCAGAGGUCCAAUGAGUCUGACAUCUUUUUCACUAAUAAUUUUGGGGAAGACUCUCAAAAGAACUCAUUAGUGUCAAAAUUUCUACGCUGGUUAACAGCAUCAGUAAUCAUGGGGAAGAUCCAUCAGAAAUCCGGUGAUAUGGAUUCUGGAUUUGCAGAAGUUCAUAAUUUAGAAUCCCUGAAUUCUUUACUGGUGCAUGUUGAAAAUACCUCCGGACAAAGACAUGAUAUUAAAAUUGGUUGUGAAGAGUUACUGGCUUCUACAAUUUUCUAUCUCCAACUGCUUCUUGGUAUAAAUCACGAAGUGUUACCAUCAGUUGUAUCUGCUCUCUCUCUCCUAAUUUUUGGUGCCUCGAAUUUUGCAGUUGACAAAACUGAUUUAUUGCAAGGCUACGUUACCUUCAUAUCAUCACACAGUUCAAGGGUACGGUGCCCUCCCGAAGCUAAUCCGGCUUGGAGAUGGUCCUUUUACCAGCCUUGGAAGGAUCAUUCAUUGGAGCUCACUGAUUUACAGAAGAUGGAGGAAUUUCAUGCUUGCCUGACUUUAUUAGUGAUUGUCUCAAAUGUGCUUGGUGGAAAGAAAUUAGAGUCGGCUUGUUUAUCCCCUCUAGAUUUAGAGAGAUCUGGCUUAUUUCAAUGGGAAAGAAGUUUACUAAGAGACUGAGUGUUUAUAGUAAUUUUUUUUAUGGGUUUGAUUUUUCUUAUAGGUGAUAAAAUUAUCUCAUAUACACAUGUAAAAGUGUGUAGUGGGGUUUGUGAAGCCAUAUGAAGAAAAGAGAGCAAAAAGAAAAUAUGGGCUCCACAUAUUUUGAUGUGUGUGUAGGAGAUAAAAUUAUUUCCUACAAUAUGAGAGAUAAUAAACCGAAUUUUUUUUGUAUCUUAGAAAUCUACUUGUUAGUGUCAAAGUAACAAUGUAAUUUAACAAAAAAUGUAUAAAAUUUGCCAAUC